AUGUUCCUCUCUCUGAGCUCGCUGCUCCUCACACUCCUGAGCGCUGCAGGCACGUUCCCCGCCGACUUCCCUGAGCCACUCCCCCAUUUCCUGCAGGAGCCAGAGGAUGCUUACAUCAUCAGAAACCAGGCGGUCAGUCUGAGCUGCAGAGCCACGCCAGCCAAUCAGAUUUAUUUCAGGUGUAAUGGAGAGUGGGUCCACCAGAGGGAGCACAGCACACAGGAGAGAGUGGAACACAGCUCAGGUCUGUUGGUGAAGGAGGUGCGUAUAGAGGUCUACAGACAGCAGGUGGAGGAGGUGUUCAGGUUGGAGGAGUUCUGGUGUCAGUGUGUGGCCUGGAGCUCUUCUGGAACCACAAAGAGCCGCAAAGCUCACGUCUACAUCGCCUAUUUGAAGAAGGUAUUUAAGGUGGAGCCACUUGGGAAGGACGUACCUCUGAAUCAGGAAGUGCUGCUGCAGUGUCUCCCACCUGAGGGGAUCCCACCUGCUCAGGUGGAGUGGUUGAAGAAUCAGGACAUUAUUGAUCCAGCAGCUGAUCGCAAUUUCUACAUCACUACUGAUCACAACCUGAUCAUUAAACAGGUCAGACUGUCUGACACGGCUAACUACACCUGCCUCGCUUACAACAUUGUCGCUAGGAGAUGCAGCUCCAUGGCAACCAUUACAGUCUAUGUGAACGGUGGCUGGUCCAGGUGGACAGAGUGGUCAGCGUGUAGUGGUGUUUGUGGGCGGGGCUUUCAGAGACGGACCCGUGACUGCACCAAUCCGGCUCCUCUCAGUGGUGGCUCACUCUGUGACGGACUCCCAGUACAGAAGCUCUCCUGCACUGUCCACUGCCCAGCUCCAGGGCUGGAUGGUGUAUUGGUGUGUGUGGGCAUUCUACUGACUGUGAUGUUCCUGCUGGUUCCCCUGGUCAUGCUGCUCUACUGCAGAUAUCACAACCACUUCAGCUCCAGCAUCAUCAACUCCUCCAACAUCAGUGGGGACUUCCAGCCCAUCCACAUCAAACCUUUACAAACAGGUCUUUCAGUCUCUUUGUCUCUCAGAAGAGUCCUAUAGACCUGAUCCUGAACCUGGGGGAGGUACAGCACUGACUCAACCAGCUUGACACUGGAGCAUCUGGUUUGUCACACAUCUUUGGCUGCCAUGGCAACUGUACAGUGACAGCAACCUACUUGUGUGUAUCUCAUCAAACAAACAACAAAAUCUCCUGUGGAAUGCAAAUGUUCUCACUCGAGAGGCCACCCAGGUGCACAGUCUCGUCAUCUCAAGGCUUGACUACUGCAACUCACUUUUGGCUGGUCUUCCUAUGCAGGCCAUCAAGCCUCUGCAACUCAUCCAGA